AUGGUGAAAGAUACGAAACUUUACGAUAUUCUGGAGGUGAGCGCGGAUGCCACUGAUCAGGAGAUCAAAAAAGCGUACAGGAAAAAGGCGUUGCGGCACCAUCCAGACAAAAACAACCAUAGCCCAGAGUCUAUAAAGUUAUUCCAGGAGUUAAGUCAUGCGUAUGAAAUAUUAAGUGAUGAAAGUAAGAGGGAGUUGUACGAUCAGUAUGGGACUGUGGAUGAGACUGAAAUCAAUGAGAUGAUGUCUAAGCAAAGAGGUGCAGCUAGCAAUGCGGCGUUUGCCCACACAGCAGGGGACCUUUUUGCGCAGUUUUUUGGCGGCCGUCCGGGCUCUGCUUCUGGGGCGGGCGCUAACGGUUCUGGCGGGAACAGCUUCUUCCAAUCGUUUUCUCCAGACUUUUCUAGUUAUGACAUGGAUGGGAGCCAGGAGAUGGCUUCUGGCCCAGGCAUUCACCACAACUUGAAGUGUACGUUGUACGACUUGUACCACGGGAAGCGUGCCAAGUUAGCACUAAAUAGAACUAGGUUGUGUGAAAAAUGCCAAGGUUACGGUGGUAAAAAGACAUCGCAAUGUAAAGGUUGUCAGGGUACGGGUAUGUACACUACAACCAAAAGAAUGGGGCCCAUGGUUCAAACAUGGCAAACCACAUGCAAAGAUUGUGGAGGUUCUGGUAAGUUCAUUAGAAGUAAGGACGCAUGUGAAGAAUGUUCUGGAAACGGGUUCGUCAAGGAACGGAAGAUAUUUGAUGUUGAGAUACAGCCUGGUAUGACUGAUGGUAAAGAGAUCGUGUUACCGGGUGAGGCUGAUGAAGUUAUAAAUACAGAAUAUGGUAAGGAACGCGUACACCCAGGUGAUGUCAUCAUCACCAUCGAGCUCACUAGGAGAGAUGAACACAACAUGAAAUAUAAGUACAUGGUACAUGGACAUGAUCUCAUCCUAGACAACUUUGAGGUCGACUUAAAGACAAGUCUUUGUGGUGGUACCAUCGUCAUUGAGGACCAUCCCAGCGGUAAGCCAUUCAAGAUUGAUGUGCUUGCAGGUGAGCUCUUGAAACCCGGCUGUAUUAAGUGCGUGGAAAACAAAGGUAUGCCUGUCGAUCAGUAUGGCAAGUUCGGAAACUUGUACAUCAGAUUCCAGGUUAAAUUCCCAGAGCAGCUAAAAAACGAAACCAUUGAAAAGUUAUCGCAAGCUCUUGUGGAAGAUGAGAACAUAAUAAAGCAACCGCCAAAUGAUGACAAGAACGGCGGGAUUGAUCCUUCACAGGUCAUGGAAGAACAAGUGCUCAGUAGCUUUACUGCUGAUGAUUUACAGUCGAAGUUUAGAGAAGCAAAGAAAAACCCUUCAAAUAAGAGGAAACGGGGAGAACAUGGUGCAUACAAUAAAAAUGGCACGCAAUUCGAUAGCAGUUAUGAUCCAUCAGAUUCCUGCCAGGUGAAUUGA